AUGAGCGAAGAGGGGAGCGCCCUUCGCCUCAGCGCGUUCGACCGCGCGCUGCUCGCGGGCGAAGAAGGGGAGGCGCCGCAGCUCGCCAUGCGCAUCCUGGCGCGGAUGGCCGAGAUCCGCGACGCGGGUUCGAUGCUGGACAUCGAGGCCGCGCACAUCGACAGCACGAUCUACGUAGGCGACGCCGGCCUCGAGUUCGCCGAACGCCUCGCCGGGCUCGGGGCGCGGGUGCGGGUUCCUUCCACGCUGAACGUGAGCGGGCUCGACGAAUUCAACUGGCGCGACUGGUCGGUUCCUCCGGAAUGGGCCGAAAAGUCAGCCCGUCAGAUGCGGGCCUAUGCAUCCAUGGGGACGAUCCCUACCUGGACCUGCGCCCCCUACCAGGGCCGGCAGACUCCCCGGUUCGGACAGCAGAUCGCCUGGGGCGAGUCGAAUGCCGUCUGCUUUGCGAACUCGGUGAUCGGAGCGCGCACCGAGCGCUACCCCGACCUGCUCGACAUCUGCUGCGCCAUUACCGGGCGGGCGCCGGCCGUCGGGCUGCAUCUCGACGAGAACCGGCUGGCCACCCGCGUUCUGCGACUCCGGGACAUUCCCGAGGAACUCGCGGCCGCCGACGACUUCUACCCGGUUCUCGGCCAUCUGCUGGGCCCCUUCGCCGAGGACGAUCCGGUGGCAAUCGCCGGAUUGCCGGUCAUUCCCGAGGAGGACCAGCUCAAGGCGCUCGGGGCGGCUGCCGCCUCUUCCGGCGCCGUCGCCCUCUUUCACAUUCCCGGAGUCACCCCGGAAGCUCCCACCCUGCGGGACGCGCUCGGCGGCCGGAAGCCGGUCGCCACCCGUGACGUCGGGCUCGAAGAACUGCGCGCCGCACGCCGGGAACUGACCACCCAUGGCGAGGGCGCCCUGGACAUGGUGGUGCUCGGGAGUCCGCACUUCUCCUUCGCCGAGUUCGGGAAGCUCGCGGCCCUGCUCCGCGAUCGCGGCGCCCGGCGAUGCGAACUGGUGGUGACCACGAGCCGCGCCGUCCGCGACCUGGCCGAACGCGCGGGGCUGCUCGAACCGCUUCGCGCCUUCGGGGGCCGCCUCAUGGUGGAUACCUGCGUCCUGGCCACCCCCAUGGUCCCCGGGACCACGCGCCGCCUCAUGACGAACUCCGCCAAGUACGCGUGGUACUCCCCUGGCCUGCUGGGGUCGGCGGUUGCCUUCGGCAGCCUCGCCGAAUGCAUCGAGUCGGCCCGCGAGGGGCGGGUCGUCCGCCAGCCGGGGCCCUGGGACUAG